CCCUGUUUCCCUCUCUCAAAUAAAAACAAAAACAAAAACAAAAACAAUGGCAUCUAAAGAGAAGGCGGCGGCCGAGUCAUCCAAAGCAGUCGAAGCCAGCGUGAAUGCGGAGGAGUCAUCCAAAACACUCGAACCGAAGGGCGAGGAGGUUCGUUACAGAGGCGUGCGAAAGAGGCCAGGGGGCAGAUACGGCGCCGAGAUAAGAGAUCCCGAAACGAAAAAUUGCAUUUGGUUGGGGACUUUCGACACGGCUGAGCUGGCGGCGAGGGCUUUUGAUGAAGCUGCACGGAAAUAUCGUGGCGACACGGCCAAAACAAACUUCCCCACGCCUGAUGCCAAUCACAAGAGGAGGAAUGAUGGGGAAAUGAUGGGUCAGGAAAGGUUUGCGGCGGCUUUGAACCCAAACCUAGCUGCUCUGAAUGGUGGGGCCGGGUCUUCACUCGGGUAUAGGUCUGGUGGUGGGUUCCCUCUUACGUACCCAUAUUAUGGCAAGCCUUAUGUGCCGAUGCAGGGUUAUAGAUUGCCGAGUAACCCGGAGUUUCAGGCCAACAUCAUUGCUUCCGGGAGUCACUUGGCCUCCCCUUCUUCUGUGAUUGAUGUGAAUCCGACCCGGAAAGGACUCGAUCUUGAUCUGAACUUGCCACCUCCAUCUGAUUAAUGAUCUGAUUAAAAGCAGUUGGUUCUUGAAUGAUUUAAUGGUAUUCAAACUAAUAAAGAUUAUAGAAGAUGAGUAGUGAUGAUUAUAGAAAUUAGAACAGGAGCCGUCAAAAUCGCCUGUAGAAGAUAAAAUUCUUUAUGCUUUUAAGUUUUAACAAAGGCGGCGAGUACUUGGUUCUUGUUGGCUGUCAGUUGUCAGAUUCAGUUGUUAUCAUUCUAAUGGAAACUAUUUGUUACAAUAAAAUGCUUUGUUUGUUUA